AGAGAGAGAGAGAGAGAGAGAGAGAAACAAGAAAAUGGAUAAAGCUAUGAUGAAUCGUCAAAACCAAGAAACUCAGCGCUGCUUGACUUUAAGCAAUCGCAUGUGUUGACUUCACAUGUCUCUCCAACUCCUACUCCUACAGCUUCUAUAUUAGUAGUUGUGCGUCUGUGUUCAUCUGUUUCCCAUUGAAAGAAAGGCGGAUUCAAGUAAGAAGAGAAUGGCGGGGGAAGAAGUGUUUAUUGGUUCCAUAGAUCAAGGCACAACCAGCACAAGAUUCAUCAUCUAUGACCGCUCUGCUCGACCCCUUGCAUCUCACCAAGUUGAAUUCACUCAGUUCUAUCCACAAUCAGGAUGGGUGGAGCAUGAUCCAAUGGAGAUUCUUGAGAGUGUGAGAGAGUGUAUUGCAAAGGCUAUUGACAAGGCCACUGCUGCAGGCCACAAUGUUGUUAGUGGACUGAAAGCCAUUGGUUUGACCAAUCAGAGAGAAACCACUGUCGUUUGGAGCAGAUCCACUGGCUGCCCUCUUCACAAGGCCAUUGUUUGGAUGGAUGUCCGAACAAGUUCAAUUUGCAGAAAAUUGGAAAAAGAGUUGUCAGGGGGAAGAACCCAUUUUGUGGAGGCAUGUGGUUUGCCCAUAAGCACUUAUUUCAGCGCCUUGAAGCUGUUAUGGUUGUUGGAAAAUGUUGAUGCCGUAAAGGAAGCUGUGAAGAAAGGAGAUGCACUGUUCGGAACCAUAGACACGUGGUUGAUUUGGAACUUGACCGGUGGGAAAGAAAAUGGUUUACAUGUCACUGAUUUGUCGAAUGCUUCAAGAACUAUGUUGAUGAAUCUCAAGACGCUUGAGUGGGAUAAAACGAUACUAAAUGAGCUGGGGAUUCCUUUGGCAAUUUUACCUAAAAUUGUUAGUAAUGCCGAGAUCGUAGGAAAUAUCAGCAAAGGAUGGCCUAUCACUGGGAUCCCUAUUGCUGGAUGUCUCGGUGAUCAACAUGCUGCGAUGUUGGGGCAAGCAUGCCGGAAAGGUGAAGCUAAGAGCACCUAUGGAACGGGAGCUUUUAUACUUCUUAACACAGGCGAGGAGAUAAUAAAGUCGAACCAUGGUUUAUUGAGCACUUUGGCUUAUAAGCUUGGGCCUAAAGCUCCAACCAACUAUGCUUUGGAGGGCUCCAUUGCCAUUGCCGGUGCAGCUGUUCAGUGGCUGAGAGACAGUCUUGGCAUAAUCAAGACUGCAAGUGAGAUUGAGAAGCUGGCCUUGGAGGUUGACUCGUCUGGCGGGGUUUACUUUGUACCAGCUUUUAAUGGAUUGUUUGCACCAUGGUGGCGCGACGAUGCUAGGGGAGUUUGUAUUGGGAUUACAAGGUUUACAAACAAAUCCCACAUUGCUCGGGCUGUGCUUGAGAGCAUGUGUUUCCAGGUGAAAGAUGUCUUGGAUUCGAUGCACAAGGAUGCUGGAGAGAAGGGCGAGGUUAAGAACGAUAAGGGGGAGUUUCUACUCAGAGUAGACGGUGGGGCGACCGUCAACAACCUACUAAUGCAAAUUCAGGCAGACAUAUUGGGUAGUCCAGUAGUGAGACCAGCUGACAUAGAGACAACGGCACUUGGAGCAGCCUAUGCUGCUGGUCUAGCCGUGGGCGUUUGGACAGAGGACCAGAUAUUUUCAUCGGGAGAGAAGACGGAGAAAGACACCGUCUUCAGGCCGGCUAUAGACGAACAACUUAGGAAGCAGAAGGUGGAGUCCUGGUGCAAAGCUGUUACCAGAACCUUUGACUUGGCUGAUCUCUCUCUGUAAAUUAUGUCAUUCAAUGCUGCAAUCUGCUUUCAAUUCUUACAGUCUUUCCCCCCCCCUUUUUUUUUUGAAAAAAACAAGUAAUAUGAAUUUGAAUAAAACUUUCUGUGAA